AUGUUACAACUCGCCCCGAACGCACCAAAGAUCACCGGCGACUACAACGAAGCCAGCGGACACCUGAACCUAACCUGCACGGCGCGGCACGGCUACCCCGCGGCCAACCUGACCUGGUACCGGGACGGGGCAGCAGUCCCGGCGGGGAGGGUCGCCGUCUCGCCCGACCAGCAGGGCUACCAGGACGCGAGGCUCAGCGUCAAUUUUACGGUCUCGGCCAACAGCUCGGGAGCGGGGACGGUCAUCUACAGGUGUGAUGCCAGCCACCCGGCGUUAACUACCGCCUUGCAAGCGUCAGGGAAACUAGGACCUCCAAUUGUCAGAAACAUCACCACAUCGCCGGCCAACGUCGACAAUCUCAUGGCGUUCGAUGACGUCACCCUGACAUGCGCAAUAGAAGGCGGGCUCGUCCUGGAGCCGACCUGGCGCUGGACUAGGGAGGGUGGGUCUCUUCCAGACGGCGCGGUGGCUGACGGGAACAAACUGAAGAUUGUCUUUGCCUCUCCAAAAGACGGAGGAACUUACAUCUGUACAGCUUCUAACGUCUUGGGGUCGAGUGGUGCCAAGAAAAGAUUGCAGUUUAAGGAGCGACCGCUUAUAAGAGAGCCACAGAAACAAGAGGCAACAGGUAUAAGAAAUAUUGUCUACAUCUAG